AUCCAGCGUGCUGCUCCAAUGCACCUGUUCGUCGCCAAAUUCAAUGAAUUCCAAAGUGAUAGUAAUGACCAGGAGGGAAAGGAAGGGUUCGUCACAAACCAGGUGAAUCGAAAGAUGAGAACUGGUCUCCCAAUAGAGGAUCAUGCACACACUAUUUAUACAAGGGCCAUGUAUGAGAAGUUUUAUAACGAGCUAUUUGAAUCAGGCAAGUACACUAUAAAAUCCAAGAUUGGUCAAGAUGAGUAUGUAUUGACAGACGCAAGAGCAGACAUGGAAGAUGCUGCAGCUUAUAUCCACGUGAGGCUGCAAGGCACAGACCGUGUAACCUGCGAAUGUGGCCUCUUCGAGCAUAUGGGCAUGCUUUGUCGUCAUGCACUAAAGGUACUUGUACAUCUUGACAGGCAAGAGAUACCCCCUGGCAACAUACUCCAUAGAUGGACAAAAGAUUGCGUUGAACGGUCACUUUCAGAAGAAUCAAAGUCAUCCCUCAUAGUUCAUAAUGACAAACUGCGGAAGAAGAUGCUGCUUGAUAAAGUUUUUGAAAUUGCAAACAGGGAAGCGACCUUGAGCGAAACUGCAUUCCAUCAGGCCAUGGAUGCAAUAACUGGAUCUUCAAGUCCUGAUCCAGUAUUAGCUAAUUCAGAUUACCCAAAUAUAUUGACAGCAACCUUCACUGGGCAGCUUCAACCUACUGCUUGUCCACCACGCACUAUCCUAGGAGGUAGGCCUCCGAACACAGGUCUCAAGUCAUGACUAACGAGCAGGAAGCGUCCACCCAAGGAUAAAGAGAACACCCCGAGCAAUUUGAUAGAGGAUUGGCCAGAGGAGGAGAACCCAUCCACUAAAAAGAAAAGGUCAAUUUCUGAUAUUUUGUACAACUGAUCAAGUUCAAGCAACAAAAGAUCGCCUAGAUCAGAUCUCAACUGAUGCCAACUACCACCAUAUUCAUCUCAUUGCCUAUUAUCAUGUAUUAGAUGACACCUAUAUAUAUGAGUUAUCCUGCAGAACUAUUAUAAAUUAACUAAACUUGUAUUGUUCAGCAUUGGAAACAUUGGAUCAUAUUGAAUUCAUGCUUGUUGGAUAUCCUAUUUUCGAAUUCAUGCUUGUCUGAUAUCCCA